CGCCUCAACUGGAGAUGCUUGCUGGCGGAAGCACAGAGAACCAACAGUGCUUAUACAUUUGGGCAGGCUACUGUCAGUCUACACCUUGCGCAGUAAAGCGCACUUUUUUGUCUGGGGGUUAUUUUGCAUUUCGGAGGGGACUGUCAUCCAGGACGGAUUGGAUAAAAGUUAGUAAACGUGCUCUGCCUAAUGUGAGAUUUUCGUCCGCCACUUGAAACAAGAACAACAACAAUGGGAUCAUUUCGAGUGAUAAUAGGGAUUUUACAUUAUAUGGGACUCUAUAGUCAACUUAACGCUGCUUCCAAACCGGCUGUGCCCGCAGAGGUGGACAAUCAUAUAUCUGGAAAUGCUGUCUUCACGGAGGUUCCUCAUGACAUCACGACGCAGAGUGGUCAGGACGUGGAGAUGGCCUGUUCGUUCCGGGGGGCAGGCCCCUCCUACUCCCUGGAGAUCCAGUGGUGGUACAUGAAGAACCACAGAGACUGGCCAGAGAAACCCACCUGGACCACCAAUCAGGUGGUUCCCAUGGAGAUGUCUAAAGAUGCCGCCAAAAUAAGUGUGGUAAAAGUGGCCGGGAGCAACAUCUCCCACAAGCUUCGUCUCUCCAACAUCAAGCGGUCGGACGAGGGCACAUACGAGUGCCGUGUCAUCGACUUCAGCGGCAGCGUGGCGCAACACCACCGCGUCCGGGCCUACCUGCAGGUGGAGGCUGAACGAAGCCUGGGCCACAUCUCGGCAGACAUCCUGCCUCAGGAGCCUCGGCACAGGGGACAGGGAAGCCAGGCGGGCCUACACCAAACAGAGGGCCGGGAACUGAAGAGGCGUUCGGCCGAUGACAGCACCGCGGACUGCACUGAGAGCUGUGUGCUCUAGAGGUUAUUGUGUCCAGAUGGGAAGAACAGGAGUGCAUGUUCCCGAUUAUCAUAAGAAGGAUGAUUGUUUUAACACCCACAGAGAGGCCUGGACAAAAACAGGACUCUUUCUGCUUAAUUUAUACGUUCAUUUAUGAAUCGAUUUGUUUGGCCUGUUUGUUUGUCUUACAUUUAUUUAUGAUUGUUUGGAUUAGGAUUGUCAGAGACCACCAGAGGGCAUGAUCGUACGUUAUCUUGGUUCUCAAUGUAAUGUUAUUUCUCGCCUGCUUUCGUUAAAGCCCCAGUGCAGUCAAAAACGUGUUUUCCUGUGUUUUAUAUAUAUUUCCACACCAUGAGGUUUGAUUAAUACUGUGAAAUUGUCAAAAUGAUGAUUGUGCCCUUUUAGUGUAAUAGCUGUUUGAAAAGAUUGACUGAAAUUUCUGCCUGUUUCGGUGGGAUGGAGUUUGGCCUGCCUGUGACAUCAUAAUGGACCAAUAAGAAAGAGAGUUCCAGACCUCUCUGGCAGAUAGUUUCCCCUCCCCACUCGGACCACUCCCAGACAGUCCUAUCAACAUUCUUGGUUUAGAAAUUGCUCUUUGCUAAGAACCUAUUUUUGUUUAUUUUUUACAAUUUUAUUUGGAAACUAUCACAAUAAGUUACUUAAUUGUUACCCAAAAAUGAUUUGACAUUGAGAUAAAUAUGUCUGUAUUUGACCUUUAAAUGCUUUGUCCAUGAUUUCUGGCUCUGGGAUUGUGAUGGGUGAAGAUGAGGAUAUUGUUGGCUGGAGAGGAGAUGGAGGUAAGGCCUGUGUCUCAAAAGUCUGAAUUUCCUUCCUUCCCUUGUCUCCUUUCCUUCUUAAGCACUGAUAUGAAAUGACUGGAAAGGGACAAGGCAAUAUAGUAGGAACCAAUCCAGAUCUUUCCCUAUCUGUAGUUAUAAAGUAAAGGAGACAAGGAGAGAAAAACACACCCCAUGAUAGAUUGAUUGGAUAGGGAGAUUUUGCUCUCAGUGAUGUAUACAUUGAAAUGCCUCGUUCCUCAGUGGUGUUUUAUGGAAAUGUAUGCCAAAAAAAGCUACAGUAUUUACAUACAAACUACACUUUUUAUUUUAUCAAGGUCCGUGAAAGUACUUUUGAGAGUUGUUUUUUGGUUUGUACUUACACCCUUUCGAUAAAGCAAAAUGGAACUAUUUAAACUACUUCUAGAAUGUCUAAUGGAAAUCCAAACAUACAUGUAUGCCUUCAUUACUUGGAAUAAAUGGUAUAAUAUUGUCUUCACAAUACACACACACACACACACACACACACACACACACACACACACACACACACACACACACACACACACACACACACACACACACA